UUACUCUCUGUAAUGCAUCGGCCCCCUUCGCUGUUAAUCCAGCCGGGCUGUGCCUCUGUGCAUUGCUGUGCUUUUGCAAUCUGAUGAAUUCCCAACGGCGGCAGGACACGUCGCAUUUUAAGGCUACAACUUUAGACUCUUUGGAUUCGCAGCCAGUGGAACUAUCACAUCCGCGCUUCUGGGUCAGAGGUGGGACCCAGCUCAGCUCUACGGGACUCUGCUGAGCCAGAACCAUGAAGUCCCAGCCAGGCGCCACGACCAUGCUGCUGCCCAUCGCGCUCUGCCUCAGCUUGGUCCCUGUGAGUUUCGGAGCAGCCAUCCCCGUGUCAUGUGGCUCCAUCUACAAAAGCUUUGCUCAGUGUUUGGUCACACUGGGGGACAGUUUGGAGGAAACACAAAAAGACCAGACUACGCAGGACAUUGAUGCGAUCUGCAGGUCCUGGAACGCGUUCCACGUCUGUGCCAACUCCGCCCUGGCCGGCUGUCCCGGAGAGACAGCGGCUGUCUGGGAAUCUCUGAGGCAGGAGUCCAGGAAGACGCAGUUCUCUGGAAACCUCUACGACGUGUGCGCCAGCCGCACCACCCUCCCGCCCAGCACCGUGCCUGCCCCCCGCAGCCCCCCGCCCUCCGACCAGGCCAACCAGGAAACGCUGAAGGGCCGGACGCACGCGCUCAGCCCCGCUCACGCCACAGCGCUGGUCCCCGUGUGCAGCACGCUGCUAGUUCUGCUCAGGAGUUAGUGAGUGAGUGGAGCGAUGUGCUGACAGCUGGUGAUCAGAGUCCUGCACCUUGUACGACCCAUAAACACAGACUGAGACACUCAGACAAGUCAGGCUCGUCAUGAUUCAGUCACUCCCAACAACAGAAACAUGGAUCAUAGUGAAGGUUUUUGUUUGACCAAGAAUCUGAAUAAUAAUAAUAAUAAUAAUAAUAAUAAUAAUAAUAAUAAUAAUAAUAAUAAUAAUAAUAAUAAUAAUAAUAAUAAUCUAUUUUGACAGUCUUAUUAUUACACUGUCUGACUGUAGAUACGUUGUCGUCAAACAGAGAAAAUAAGCUAUUUUUAUUCUAACAUUGUUUGAAUUAUCUAUAUGUGUUGAAGUUGUUUUCUUUACUGGAGUAACAGUUUAUCCAGGGAGUGAAAAAGAGACACGCUUCAGCCUGUAUCAUCACGGCCGCAGGUGAUUCUAGGACAACAUAGAGAUUUUAGCAGCAGGUGUUCAGAUGUGCCCGUGAUCCAAUCAGGUGUGAUCCACGGUUUUAUCACACGGAGCGAAACUCUUUAGCUCGUCCACCAGGAAAUGGGAUUUCUUUGCGUUGCGUGGACGAUGCUGCUAAAUUGUAUCACUUUGUCAUUUCUGGUGGUCGUCUGGUCCAUAUGAUCUAUAUGUAACUAAAAUGCACCCUGUAGAUAUGUGGUGGGAGGAAAACGCUGUUGGGAGAGUUUUGUUCUGCACCCACUGCAUUUUGUUCAGUUUUUAUGCACCGUUCUAUAAUUUUUCCGCAGCAUUUCAGAGAAUCACUGCUUCAGUCAUGUUCAAAUCCAAAUUAAAGGUUCACUGAUGUGCACAACGCUGACUUCUAUUCCUUAAUCACAGCCAUACUGUCCGGGUUUGUUUCCGAGUGUGGGCUCCUGCAGCUGCUCUGUAACAGCGGCAGCGUGAGUGGAGUGAUCUCAUCUGUCUCCGUCCACAGCGGAGCAGGAUGCGCCUCGAACGCGUGGAGGAGCAGGGAACGCUGGCAGCAGGAGGACGGCGGUGACGACUGGUCGUGUGCACAGGGCUUCUGAAAUACAACCUGAACACGGGCUGCAGCAGAUCAGACGCUUCAGGAGUCCUCCGUUAAAACGCCGUGAGGCCUUAAGAUCAGCUUUAUGUGAAAGAAUGACAGUUCUCUGAGUAAACCGGUGUUUUGCAGUGAGUCAAAGAGUGAACGAAUUAGACAAAACCGCUCGCUCUAAUCUCCUGCUCUCACUUGAGGAAACCUGCGUCACCAUCAGGUCUUUGUGCCCAGCUGUUGGAAUGUUUCAGGCACAGAUUCCCCCUCUCGCUCCCCGUCUGCGCUGCAGGGCCCGGCCGGACACCAGCGAGGUGCAUUCAUGGGAUUCUGACCUGUGCUGUCUGACAACAGAUGGCGUUUGGCGUAAAGUUGAGAUUAGGAGCUCCACGUGUGGACGCCAGCGUUCAACACAUGACCAGGGCCUUGUUUCAGCAGAUUCAAACACUGGGAAUGUGUGACCUGCAUCUCACAACAUUUACAAGUAAUUGGAAAUUGUUACUUGUUGAUGUUCUUUAUAUAGUCACUUAUUUAUUGUGCAUAUUUAAUCAACUUUGGUGGAACAUUCACACACUGUAAAAUAUUUAAAGACUUUGAUAUUUACAUAUAAUAAAGCAUUCUGUAGUCUUUGCUGUAUGUUGGUUAUAUUGAAUAAAAUGAAAGCCUA